ACUCGUUCUGAUCUGUAGCUAUCUACCGUGCACCAAUGGUGGUCGUCUUCUCCCCGACUCCCCGCCUCAGCCAAAUCCCAAACCCAACCGCCGCGCAGAUCCCCGAAAAUCCCCAAUCCUAAUCACCGCCGCCGUUCGGAUUAAUCCCCCCCAAUUCGAUUCAGCUCGAUGCGGUUAGCAGCGCUGUAGCAGAUCCCCCCUCCCCCGCGAGCUAGGGUUAGGGUUUCCAGGGGUUUGAGCUAGGGUUUGGGCCCGCCGCGAUGGGCCGGUCUCGCGGAGUGCCCAAUCCUGGCGACGACGACACCAACCACAGGUCGAAGCGGAGGAGGGUUGCAUCGAGCGGCGAUGCGACGGAUUCCCUUUCUGCGGCGUGCGGUGGAGCAGGCGACGGGAAGAAGGCGCUGUACCACUGCAACUACUGUAACAAGGACCUCUCUGGGAAGAUCCGGUUCAAGUGCUCCAAGUGCCCGGAUUUCGACCUCUGUGUUGAGUGCUUCUCUGUUGGCGCCGAGGUCCAACCGCAUCGAAGCAACCACCCCUACAGGGUCAUGGACAACUUGUCUUUUCCACUCAUUUGUCCAGAUUGGAAUGCAGAUGAGGAAAUCCUUCUUCUAGAGGGAAUUGAAAUGUAUGGUCUAGGAAAUUGGGCUGAGGUUGCAGAGCAUGUUGGUACCAAGGGCAAGGCUCAAUGCAUUGAACAUUAUACAACUGCAUAUAUGAACUCACCUUGUUAUCCCCUUCCGGACAUGUCUCAUGUUAAUGGCAAGAAUAGGAAGGAACUUCUUGCCAUGGCUAAAGUACAGGGUGAGAGUAAAAAAGGGAUAUCAGUGUUACCAGGGGAUUCGACUCCCAAGGACGAGUCUCCAUUUUCUCCCUCCAGGGUCAAGGUGGAAGAUGCACCUGGAGAAGGUCCAGCCGGUCGAUCACCUUCACACAUAGCUGGCGGUGCUAAUAAGAAGGCUUCAACUGCUGGCCAUUUUAAAGAUAGUGCUAAUUUGGCUAAAAUGGAAGAUGGCCAUAUGGAUAGAAGUAUUGGUGUAAAAAAGCCCAGAUAUUCUGCAGAUGAAGGGCCUUCUUUGACUGAACUGAGUGGAUACAACGCAAAGAGACAUGAGUUUGACCCGGAAUAUGAUAAUGAUGCUGAACAAGCACUCGCGGAAAUGGAAUUUAAAGAAACUGAUUCAGAAACUGAUCGUGAACUGAAGCUACGGGUUCUGCGUAUUUACUUGUCAAGGCUUGAUGAAAGAAAAAGGAGAAAAGAGUUCAUACUAGAAAGAAAUUUACUGUACCCUAAUCCUUUGGAGAAGGAUCUGACAAAUGAAGACAAGGAAGUUUACCACCGCUACAAGGUCUUCAUGCGUUUCCUUUCGAAGGAGGAACAUGAAGCCCUUGUCAGGAGUGUCAUUGAAGAAAGAAAAAUUCGGAGGAGGAUUCAAGAGCUUCAGGAAUGUCGUUCUGCUGGAUGCCGUACAUUGGCUGAAGCCAAGAUACACAUAGAGCAAAAGAGGAGAAAGGAGUACGAGGCGAAUGCCCACAAAGCUAAGGAAAGUGGCCAACUUAUUCCAACUACUAAAGUAGUACACAAAACAAAUCGCCCUAUGAAACUUGAAUCUGAUGGGAAUCUCGAUCCAAAGAAAAGCAAUGCUACUGUAGAUUCUGGCGGUCGGGAUUCUCCCAAAGCAACGGGACAUACAGUCGCUAAACAAUGGGAUGAUUGGGACAUUGUUGGUCUUCCUGGGGCAGAGCUAUUAAGCGCCAGUGAAAAACUUCUAUGCUGCCAAAACAGAUUGCUACCUAGUCAUUAUCUGAGAAUGCAGGAGGUAUUGAUGCAGGAGAUGUUCAAGGGCAGUGUCGUCAAAAGGGAAGAUGCCCAUGUAUUAUUCAAGGUAGACCCUGCCAAAGUAGAUACUGUUUAUGAUAUGGUGAUGAAAAAGCUCGGUAGCAAUGAGGAGGCUCCAACUGUUUAGUUUUGCCAAUGGGUUUGCCUGGUGUAAACUUCCCCCAAAACCAAAUCUUGGUUUCUCAUUCGCAGCAUGACCGAGACUCUGUGUAAAAAUGGAGGCUAUACUUACAGUUAACUUGGCUGUAGUGUUAAAUUGAAAUUUGUGUCAGAUUUCUGAAGAAGCACAAUAAGGCAUUCGAGCCAAAUUGUAAAAUUAUCGCCCGCAAUGGGAAUGUGUAGCAUGAGUUACCAUUGCUGUUCAAUUUUUAAGAGGAUAGUUGCCAUCGCUGAGUGUACUGUGGUGAUCUGUUAGUGCCUUUGUUGUAGGUUUAGGUUCUGAAAUGAUGUAUCAUGUAUGUAAACAUUCGUCCUAUUUUAUGCCAUUGUUCCAAGACCAGACAUUAAUUAUUAAAGCUCCCUGCCAAUUUUUUGCGAGUGUUCA